CGUGUACCCGAGCGUUUCCAGGCGACAAGUCGCGUCCGGGGAAUCUAGAGUCACGUGACUUGACGGGCACCUAUGACGCAGCGGUCAUUACCAUAGCAACCAAGCCUCCUUCUGCCGAGCGACGAUAACGGACCCGCCCCUCCCAUCAUGUAUCGGAAGGACAGGAGCAUCCAGAUGAAGAGCAGCGCCUCCGCCCUGUACAAUAACCUCAGUGUGCUGCCCAUCACCGACAAGAGCCUCACCUAUCUCGCCGUGGUGCACGCCAAUACCGUCAACAUGGUGAGCGCCUCCGCCGACAGCCUCAACGUCUCCCACCGCCAGCUGCAGUCCAAGGAGGGGAGCGUGGCCCUCAGCUCCUCCCUCAUCACACAGGCAUCCUGGUGCGUUCUGCCGUCCCGGGUUCUGCUGGUUCUGACCUCACAGAAGGGAAUCCAGAUGUACGAGUCUGACGGCUCUAUCAUGGUGUACUGGCACGCCCUGGAUGCGCUGGAGGCUCCGCAGGCUCAAGCCGUGUUCGCUCGUGGCAUCGCCCCCGCUGGAGGACGCUACGUCUGUGUGGGGACAUCCUCUGGCCUCGUCCUCGUGUUCGACAUCCCCCCGAAAGGCACCAACAUUACACUGGCCGAAGUCCUAGCCGAGCACAGGGAGCCCAUUACUGACAUCGCCUGUGAGACCUGUGAGGGAGAGGAUCGGGGUGCUGACCUGGUGACGGCUGAUGAUUCCGGGGUGCUUUGUGUCUGGAAGGCUGGGGAUGAUUUCCGUCUCGUGACGAAGAUCUCUGCGUAUGGGGUCACCUGCUCCUCGGUGAAGCUGUGGGACGGGGUGAUUGCUGCGGCCUACGGGACGGGGCAGAUCCGGCUGUACGACGCCAGCACUGGAGCCAUAAGUGCUGAGCUGGACUCCCACGCCAGGUGGAUCUACACGCUGGACAUCGCCCCCGAGACCGGACGGCUGCUCUCGGGGGCGGAGGACUCCUUCGUUCAGAUCUGGCAGCUGAGUCGUUGUGAGGAGUCGGGGCUCAUAGAGGUGGAGCACCGGCACUCGGAGUGCGUGACUGAUACCCAGAUCUGUGGGGCGCGCUUCUGUGACCCCCAGGGCUCGUCCUUCGCUGUGACUGGCUAUGACCUGAAUGAGAUCAUCAGAUACGUGCAGUUAUAGGAGCGGAGGAGACCUGGAGCACCCCGAUAUCAUCAGGUCCCCCCCAACACUGCCCCAAAGACUGCAGAGUCCCAGGUAGAGGACUCUGUGGAUGUACAGAGCUCACAGCCCUUCACCCCGCUAUAAUCUGCCCCUCCAUAGUUAUAACGUUAUAUAUCAUUAUUGUAUAUAUCGCCCCCCCACACACACUGUGCUGUAAAUAUACUAUACGGGGAAAGUAUUG